CUUCUUCUUCGCGUCGAUCUCUGUAUCGAUUUUGUUUUCUUCCUCUUCUUCAUCUUCAGAUCUCUCGCGACGAACUUUGAGAUCUGAAUAUCUUACGAUCAGGAGAGAAAGAUGUACGGAUUCGAGGCGCUUACCUUCAACAUCCAUGGCGGAUACUUGGAGGCGAUCGUCAGGGGCCACCGUGCUGGGCUUCUCACCACCGCUGAUUACAAUAAUCUAUGUCAGUGUGAGAACCUAGAUGAUAUCAAGAUGCAUCUCUCUGCUACCAAAUACGGCUCUUAUCUCCAGAACGAGCCGUCACCUCUGCAUACGACUACAAUUGUGGAGAAGUGUACUCUCAAGCUUGUUGAUGAUUACAAGCAUAUGCUUUGCCAAGCUACUGAGCCAAUGUCUACCUUUUUGGAGUACAUCAGAUAUGGCCACAUGAUUGACAAUGUCGUGCUCAUUGUUACUGGUACCCUGCACGAGAGAGAUGUUCAAGAGUUACUCGAGAAAUGUCACCCUUUAGGCAUGUUUGACAGUAUUGCUACACUAGCAGUUGCUCAGAACAUGCGGGAACUCUAUAGGUUGGUGCUUGUUGACACUCCUCUCGCUCCAUACUUCUCUGAAUGCCUAACAUCAGAGGAUCUCGAUGACAUGAACAUAGAGAUUAUGAGGAAUACCCUCUACAAAGCAUACCUUGAGGAUUUCUACAAGUUCUGUCAGAAACUCGGUGGGGCAACAUCAGAGAUUAUGUCUGACCUUUUGGCCUUUGAAGCCGACAGAAGAGCAGUGAAUAUCACCAUCAAUAGCAUUGGCACUGAGCUUACAAGAGAAGACAGGAAGAAGCUGUACUCCAACUUUGGUCUCCUCUAUCCAUAUGGCCACGAGGAGCUUGCUAUCUGCGAAGACAUAGAUCAGGUUCGUGGUGUUAUGGAGAAGUACCCUCCGUAUCAAGCUAUAUUCUCCAAGAUGUCUUAUGGAGAGAGCCAGAUGCUCGACAAAGCAUUUUAUGAAGAAGAAGUCAGAAGGCUUUGCUUAGCCUUUGAGCAACAGUUCCAUUAUGCGGUAUUCUUUGCGUACAUGAGAUUGAGGGAGCAGGAGAUCAGGAACCUGAUGUGGAUAUCCGAAUGUGUUGCACAGAACCAGAAGUCCAGGAUCCACGAUAGUGUGGUCUACAUGUUCUGACUCUGGUAAGAUGUGUAAUCUGGUUGUUGCUGCUGUACAAUUCUUGCGGUCUACUACAUCACACACUGUUUAUUGUCGUCGAUCUACGUGAGAGUGCGUGUAUCAAAAACUCCAUAAAAUAAGAAUCUCUUCAAUUUGUUUGUUUGUGUUUUGGCCAUCACAUUCUUUGCUUGAUUCUUAAUAUUGCUACCACCAGUAAACAACUCUUUGUAAUACCAAAUAAGUUUUAUGAUGGAUACGAAUUACUUUGGUGGCCAUAACA